AUGGGUGUGAGUCAGUCAGAAGCAAGCAUGGGUGUGAGUCAGUCAGAAGCAAGCAUGGGUGUGAGUCAGUCAGAAGCAAGCAUGGGUGUGAGUCAGUCAGAAGCAAGCAUGGGUGUGAGUCAGUCAGAAGCAAGCAUGGGUGUGAGUCAGUCAGAAGCAAGCAUGGGUGUGAGUCAGUCAGAAGCAAGCAUGGGUGUGAGUCAGUCAGAAGCAAGCAUGGGUGUGAGUCAGUCAGAAGCAAGCAUGGGUGUGAGUCAGUCAGAAGCAAGCAUGGGUGUGAGUCAGUCAGAAGCAAGCAUGGGUGUGAGUCAGUCAGAAGCAAGAGCAGUGUCAGUUGAGCUACUGUACAGUGCAGAGUCCAUUUCUGUAAUCCGCUUAUCACGUGGGUAG